UCUAAUUAUAAUUAAACUGAUUUUUCGCAACGGGACGGAUUUCUUCUUCUCGUUUCUCCCACCUUGUUUACUCUGCUUCUGUAGCCGAGGAAAAUAACAGUGAGGGUUUUCAAUAAACAGUCAACAAACAGAAUUUGAUGAUUCUAAGAUGAAUCUCUCCUGUUCCUCCUCCUGCAUCCGUACUUAAUUUCCCCUUCCCUUGAUUGUGGAGCUACCUGUAGUUAUCAAUGGAUACUAGGAACGAAACUAGCGUUAAAGAUGUUUUAGAGGUUAAAGGAGAUUCUGAGGAUUUAUUAAAUAAUAAUAAUGAUAACGACGGUCUUAAUUCUUCUGCUGUGGUGGAGGUGGAUGACGCCGCCUCCACGAGUAACCGCUCAAGUCAAUCCAAGAAAAAUGAAGGUGAUCAAGUUGAUGGUAUGAACUUGAAGAAGAUUAAAACAACAGCGCCAAAGAGUCAAAUCUCUUUUGGAAAAGGUCAAACUUCGGUUUCUCGAAUUCAGAAGCCGAACCUUACCAAGAGUCAAUCUUUCACAAAACAAUCAGUCUCCAAUAGUUCAGUUUCGUCUCACAGAAGACGAGUUUCAACUGGAGGGAGUAGCAGAGAUGGGAAUUCGAAGAGUCGGCUUUCUACGGCUAGGAAAUCUAGCUCCUCAGACGAAGUUGUAAAUUCCCUACCUUCUGAAGCCAAUGAUUUGAGUGGUCCAAUUAUCAAGCCAAUUGCACGGUUGUCGUUGAUUAGAGAUGAUGAAGACGCUGUCUCCACCUCAAGCAUUACUCCUGGUGGAUCACGGAGGAGAAGUUGUCCUGAGUUCACCUUCAGAGUGGUAGAGCGCGCUGAAAAACGGAAGGAGUUCUGUCAAAAGCUAGAAGAGAAAAGUCACGCUCAGGAGCUAGAAAGGAAAAACUUGCAGGCGAAAUCAAAGGAAUCCCAAGAUGCAGAACUUAGACAGCUACGUAAAAGCAUGACAUUUGUUGCUAGUCCAAUGCCAAGUUUUUAUAGGGAACCUCCUCCUCCAAAGACUGAACUAAAGAAGCUUCCUACGACUCGUGCGGUAUCUCCAAAGCUUGGAAGGCACAUUAAAAUCGCGGUUUCUGCUUCCGACAAUUGUUCAAGCAGUGCAGUUGUGGAGAGCCCACGUUCGAGGCCAUAUUUGGAUCGAAACAGCUUGACUAAAACUAACUCCAACAAAGAUUCUGCUUCGAAAGGCCCCAUUCAGAAAUCACUCACCAAACUUCCAUCCAAGAAAUCGAGAUCCAUCAACUCGAAGCAAAACAAAGGAGAACAUGAUAACCAGAACCUGGAAGUAAACAAAGCUGAGGACAAAAGCACAUCCAUCGGGAACUCAUCAGCAACUGAAGUAACUGGUAAGUUGGAAGCAACCAAGGAUCCUGUUGCAAAUGAAACGAUACUGAAUUUACCUAGUGCUGAGAUUACUCCAGUGGAAGUUUCCAUCAAAGGUUAAAAGUUUGACUGUCUUGUGUGCUUACAUUGGGCAGAUUGGAUGUCCCAAGGUCUUGUGAAUAGAAAAUGAGUGAGUUUGUAUGUUGCUAUUUUCUUCUCUUUUGUUUCAUUUUGCAUCCGUGUCUUGUUAUAGUUUACCCAAGUGCGUCUAACAAAGAAAGAAAGUUAAUUUGUAAAGAGUGGUUAUACCUUUUCAGUUCUUUUUUGAUAAACUGGGAAUAUCUGAAAAUUGGAAUGACAGUGGAUACCAACAUUUCUCUAUAUAUUGAUCAAAAAAAAAUCUAUAUAUUUUAUUGAAAA